AUGUUCGAGGUUCCGCUGGCGAAAACGGACAAGAACUCGAGCUGUAUGCGGAAAGUGAAGUAUCACUAUGUGGACGUCUUGCGGCGGAAACAUGCGGAAAUGGGGUCUGCGGCGUGUGGUAACGGGCUACCAACACCCGAAUGUUCUGCUGCGGAGGACGAAGACAAUGGUUCUACGGUUUCGGGCGAUUCUGCGCGUGCGCGGCGUCGGAAACGCAGGAUCCGGAGUGUUUUGGGUCUUGCCUGUUCCGACAGCGAUUACUCGGAUUACGACGUCGAUGAAGACGAAGAAGAGGAUCAGAACUAUGAGCGUGUGUAUCACAGCAUGCAUGAGAAGCCACAGGAGACGUUCGAAGUUUGGGCCACAGAUAAACGCAAACUGCAACCUAUAAACAAAAAUUUCGUCACGUUCGCCGAGUGUCACGACCUCGAAAGAUAUGCACAAAGACGCAUCGAGCCGCAUCUUGCGCGCGCCUCGAAAACGGUCAGAUGCUCUUUUGACGCGAUCAAAUCCGGUCAGGAAGUGAUACCGGUUCGCAACAACACUAGCCACCACAUGGCGCAUGUGCAUCGCCUCAACGAUUUGCUACAUGUGGCGGUCCUCGAACGUCAGUGGAAAUUUGCAUACCGGUGUUUCUGUGUUUUGAUUAGGCUCCCCGACAUAGACAUUCGCAGCAUAUGGGGGCUUGGUGUGCGGAUCUUGCAUGAAAUGGCUGGAAGCGACCCGCAAAUUGGAACCAGUCAACAAUUUUUGGAAUGGUUGUCCAGUGUGUACUCCAGGAAGUCCAAUUACAACCAGACCAUCAACCAUAAAUUGGAUCCGGUCUUCAGAUUGGGGUCAAGGACUCACACGGCGAAAUUUGUCACCACAUGGCUAUGGGAAAUUCUAUUGGAUACAUGCCCCAACGAAACAGAGGGCGCUUUUAUAGGUGCGCAAGAGAUGAAAGCAAACGAAAGGAAAAGUAAUUAUCUCAUUGAAAAGCUCUCAGAAAUGGUUUUGGUACCUCCCUACAUGGAUGAUCCGGAGAUUUGGUUCAUUUACGCCUUAUGCCAUUUGGUUCAAGCAGAUUUAUUGUCACGACAAUUCUUGCAAGACUACGUACCAACGAACACUUCUCACAGAAACAUUGCCAGUAAUCAAGUUGUUCAACAUAUCACACAUGCGAAAAACUACCUAUCUGUGAGUGCGUCUAAAGACAAGAAUUUUACCUUCCCGGAGAAAGCCAUUCUCCAUCAACUCAGCGUUUUCGAAAGCAGGCUUUAUCGAUCAGAUCAUAGUUCCACAAGCACCAAUUCUCCCGCGCUCAAACCUGACGCGUUUUUAGAAUCAAAAGUACUGGAUACCUUAGAUCCUUUAGAUGCAGACGCCAGUGCUUUUGAAGAAGAACAAUUACAUUACAGACCCUUUGAGACAAUGGAAACUAUCCACUUUGGACAAACCUCAGACUCCGGUGAUACCAGUGAUGGGAUCGAAAGUUUCUGA